GAUGAGGGCUGCGCUGCUGCUGAUGCUGUUAGUUACUCUCAUCACUGUCAAAAGUGUAGCUGGAGGGAAGAACAAGAAAGAGAAAAACAAACCUUCCCAGUCCGGGUCAGAAUGCACUGAAUGGCGCUAUGGCAACUGUGUCCCUAGCAACGGGGACUGUGGAGCAGGGUUUAGGGAGGGGUCAUGUGACCAGCAGAGCAAGAAGAUGAAAUGCAGAGUACCUUGCAACUGGAAAAAAGACUUUGGAGCUGACUGUAAGUAUCGGUUUGGUACUUGGGGAGAGUGUGAUCCAACUUCUGGUAUGCAGACCAGAACAGGGACAUUGAAGAAGGCCCUGUUUGAUGCGGAGUGUCAACAAGUUGUUUCUGCCUCCAAACCUUGCACUGGAGAAACCAAGACAAAAACCAAAGGAAAGAAGAGAAAAGGCAAGGGCAACUAGGAAAGGACGGACUUCAGAGUCAAGAAAAAAACUGAAAUUAAACACUAAUUUUCUGAACCAGUUGUCCUCUGACAGUUGGCCCCAACACUGACAACCCGAUUUCCAAACACACAAUUUUGAAUACAGGCUUACUUAACCAUGACAAAAACAUCCCUUUUAUUUUUAAAAAGAAAAUUCUACAUCUGAACUUAGAUACAAUUUGUAAAUAUGCACUAAACCUUAUAUUAAGACUAAUAACUCGGGCAUGACCUGUGGCAUUAUAACCAACCAACCCAUCUCCUUCCAAAUCAAAGGGCAUUUGGAAUAUUCAUUUCAUAGAUAUACAUUUUUUAGAACAGCAUGUAUUUCCUUUAACUUUGAAAUAUUGUAAAAAUUGUUCUGUUAGGGAAUUCUCUAUAUCUGACUGAUCACUACAAAACCUUUAAAAAAUUAAAUACAUCUGGGCAUCCCCGCCACCAAAGCUAUUUUUUUGGGAAUUGAAUCAUUUAGUUAAAUAAAUUGGACGUGUCAAUGGUAUCCACAC